GUGUGUGUGACGGGCAGACCUGGAUGACGUGCAGCUCUGCUGAGAUCUUAUUGGUUUUUCUUCUGAUCUUUGUAGCUGGUCUCUGCCGAGACAUCACAGCCUGAUCAGUCUCCACCGCCACCACCGCCUCCUGAGACCAGACCGGAGCCUUCCCCUCUUCCUCCUCCUCUCCCACCGCCUCCUGUAGAGAGGACCAGUGGCAUUGGAGACUCACGCCCUCCCUCAUUCCAUCCAAAUGUAUCCGACAGCGCAGAGAACCUGGAUCAAGAAACCGAGACGGAGUCUGUUGUGUCUGUUCGACGGGAGCGCCCCCACGCAGACGGGAGAGUGCCGACCAAGUUUCUCUGAUAGGCCGAACUCUGAAUGGGCGGAGCGAUCGACACCUGUCUGGUUAUGAGUCGUCGUCCACCCUCCUCACCAGUGAGAUAGAGACCAGUAUCUGUGACUCCGAUGACGAUGACACCAUGAGCAGGUAUUCUGGCUCCACCGAGCAAAGCAGUGCAUCGCGCUUACUGAGAAACGCCCACCCGCCGCCAGCCGCAAACAGAGACCACAACCCAGCGCCUAGAAAGGCCUUCCCCUUUUUCCUUCCCUCAUUCUCCUCAUCCCUGAACAUAAUCACAGUGACGCUGAACAUGGAGAAGUACAACUUUCUGGGGAUCUCUAUUGUGGGGCAGAGCAACGAGCGCGGGGAUGGAGGAAUCUACAUCGGUUCCAUCAUGAAGGGAGGAGCAGUAGCAGCUGCAGACGGGAGGAUUGAGCCUGGAGACAUGUUACUGCAGGUCAAUGAUAUAAACUUUGAGAAUAUGAGCAACGAUGAUGCCGUUCGGGUCCUAAGAGAAAUUGUCCAUAAACCGGGUCCAAUCGUUCUGACUGUGGCGAAAUGCUGGGACCCCUCCCCCCAAGGUUACUUCACUCUUCCCCGCAAUGAGCCCAUCCAGCCUAUUGACCCGGCUGCCUGGGUGUCGCACUCCGCAGCGAUGAGCGGCUCCUACCCGGUGUAUCCUGGUAGUGCUUCCAUGAGCAGCAUGACUUCCAGCACCUCUGUGACCGAAACCGAGUUGUCCCACGCUCUCCCACCAGUGUCCCUCUUCAGUCUGUCCAUACACACAGAUCUGGCAUCUGUAGUAAGGGCCAUGGCUUCUCCAGAAUCGGGCCUUGAAGUCAGAGACCGAAUGUGGCUGAAGAUUACCAUUCCCAAUGCCUUCCUGGGCUCCGAUGUGGUGGAUUGGUUGUAUCACCAUGUUGAGGGAUUCCAGGACCGGCGAGAGGCUCGUAAGUUUGCCAGCAAUUUACUGAAAGCGGGAUUCAUCCGGCACACGGUCAACAAGAUCACCUUCUCAGAGCAAUGUUACUACAUCUUCGGGGACCUCUCGGGAUACAUGGCUAAUCUAUCGCUGAAUGACAACGAUGGAUCCAGCGGUGCCUCUGAUCAGGACACUCUGGCUCCUCUUCCUCUCCCUGGAGCGUCCCCUUGGCCUCUUCUCCCCACCUUCUCCUAUCAGUAUCCGGCUCCUCACCCGUACAGCACACAACCUCCGGCCUAUCAUGAGCUCUCCUCCUACAGCUACGGCCUGGGCAGUGCCGGGAGCCAGCACAGCGAAGGGAGCAGAAGCAGUGGAUCUACUCGUAGUGAUGGUGGCCGUGGAGUGCAGAAAGAAGAGCGAUCCGGAGGCGGUGGUGGAGACUCCAAGUCGGGAUCUGGCAGCGAGUCGGAAUACUCCACACGUAGCAGCGUGAGGAGGGGUGGAGCAGAGGCGGGUCCACCUAGCGAACGUUCUGCUCGUUCUCAGCCGUCUCACCACCCUCAUCACCCCUCCUCCAUCCAUUCUUACCCAGCUCCGGGUGUCCCCCUCUCCUACAACCCCAUGAUGUUGAUGAUGUCUUGUCCUCCUUCCUCAUCCGUUCCCCCUGGUGCUCCUCCCCUCGUCCGUGACCUCGCAUCGGUUCCUCCUGAGCUGACUGCCAGCCGCCAAUCGUUUCACAUGGCCAUGGGCAACCCUAGUGAAUUCUUUGUUGAUGUCAUGUGA